AUGCAUUCAUUCCGACUCCAGAGACAGUCGGUCAAAAACCAGAUUUGGCAUAGACGAUACCGUAGCAUAAACGUUCACAAUCCGAGCCUGCCGCCUUUUUCCAAGCCCAAGAUCUCGCAGUUUGGACAUGCCAUCUUCAACACAUUGACCAUCUCGCUAACUACAUAUUUGCUACUCAACACGAUAUGGACGAAUUUAGAGUACUAUGAAGUUGAGAACGACCUCAAGUUGCAGUCGCAGGAGAUAGAAAGCCAAAUACAAGCCAUUGUCGAUGAAAAGAAUAACGAAAUCCAAAAGCAAAGAAAAGGAUGGUUCAGCUUUUGGAAGUAA